GAUCUCUUCACUGUUUGUGUUUUGCCCUUAAAAUUUUAAAAGUAUGUGUAUAAAUUAAUACACCGCAAUAUGUAUAUUGACUAUCUAGUUUUGUACCUUUAACACGUUACCGCAGCAAUGUAUUAAAGGAUAGAUAAUUCCGACACAUUUCGAUAUAUUUAAAAAAUCCUAAAGUGAUCAUGCAAUUUUAUAGAACGUGUUUAUGUGCAUAUUUUGCAGUAUGUCUGUUAGUUUCAGUGACUGCGGUGGAUUUUACUCAAUCCCUGAAUGGAUAUCAUAGUCCUGAUGGAUUCAUUAAAUUCUGUGACCAGUAUUGGGACCCGGCUAAAAUUACACCACAAAGUCUACAAAAACUGUAUCUGUCGGUCCUAGAAAACAAUGGACAAGUAACAGCAUAUAAUUACUAUAACGUGAAAAAGCUGAUCCAAAACCCAAGCUUCGAUAAAAAGAAGAAAACCUUUAUAUGGGUUGGAUCGUACUUGGAUUUCAGCUCUUUGACUCUCGGCGAAGCAAUGGGUAGACAGUAUAAAAAGAGAGGCUAUAAUGCAAUUUUCCUGCAUUUUUUGGAAGGUCAUUGGAGGAAUUUGUUAACUUCCUCUACUGCUCGCGUAUUGCCUCAUAUAGGCAAAUAUGCAGGUCAAAUGCUGGCUAACCUAACAGCAGUUGGUCUGGAUCCAAAGAAGUUCCACCUAGUCGGUUACGGCACGGGCGGGCAACUCAUGAGCUUCGUAGCAAAGAGAUAUCGAGAAUACACCGGUAGAAACAUUUCGAUGCUCGUGGGUCUUGAUCCUGCAGGACCAUGCUUCAGAACCAAAGGACCAGAUGGAAGACUGGACCCAUCUGAUGCAGAUUUCGUCCUCAGCAUUGCUACAAACAUGGAUGCUCACGGCAUAGCGACUCCUGUCGGACAUGCGACUUUUUACGUCAACGGAGGAGAAUACCAACACUUUGACUUAUGGAUGUUACCGUGUGAUCUUGUCUGUAGUCACGUCAGAUCAGUAAUCUACUGGACAACGAUGUUAAUGAAUCCUGGUAACAGAUAUAUAGGGAUUAAAUGUGACUCCAUACAGCAGGCGAGGGAACAUAAGUGCUAUGAUAGAGUGCCUUUGGAAACGAACACUAUGGACUUAAAGGUUGACAAGACUAAGCCUGGUAUUUAUUAUGUAGCUACUUUACAUAGAUAUCCGUACGCAAUAGGAAAAGAAGGCUUAAGAAGAGAGGAUAGUCCUAUGUAUAGAACACACAACAUGAUUAAUGGUGCUGAUGUUAUGAGAGUUGAUGGAUUAUGAUACAGGCCUAAUAUGGUAGUUAUUUCAACGUGUAUACAAAAAUGUACAAGAAAUAAUGAAUAAUCAACAAUUAACUGAAUAAAGUAAGAAUGCUUAGUACAAAAUCUUAAUUUAAAGCUAUCACCCAUGACGUAAGAAUAUUUUUCAUACUGUUGGGUAAAAUAAAAUAAAAAAUCUGUAUUUAAUGGAAUAUUUUAUUCUUCAUUUCCUAAUUUUAUAAGUCAAAGAAACUGGAUGCAAUCGGUGGAUCUGGAGAGACUUGAGUGGAUUAUUUUUUAAUUAUAUAUGUUUUAAUUCUUCGUUAUUUGUAUGACUUUUCCUUUGUCAUUCAUUUUUAUAUAUUUAUUUGUUAUUUAUAUAUUGUUUAUAUAUAGUAAUAAAUGUAGUAUACCUAUAUAUAUUAAAUAUUUGUAGUAUAUGUAUUUUAUUUUAGUAUUUUAUUUUAUUUUUGCACCACCCGUUACCUUGAUUACGUUCGCCAUUUCUCUAUCUGAAGGUUGUCUGUAAGAGAUCGCUGUUUAGCGAUAAGUCCGCCUGUUGUUACCUACAUAUUUAUACCUUUACAUACUUUGUACCAUUUUUAUUUUGUAGUGUGCAAUAAAGCAUUUUAUUAUUAUUAUUAUUAUUUGCCAAAGCCUAAAAUAGUCUUGUAUAUUUUCCUACUCGUAAGUCGAGGUUUCAAAAAAUCUAAAUAUGAUUACAAAAUACCUGUCUCUAGAUACUUUACAAAAUUACGUCAAAGGUAGUUGACCUUCCUAAACACCUAUUUACUGAAGUGUCAAACAAGACGAUUUAAGGUCAAAAAUUGCUUAGGAAAAACAAAUUUUCGAUGCAUUUUCAACCAGAUAAUAAUAUUAUGAAUAAAAUAUAUUUUGUGAAAGUAGAAAAAACUCAUGACUAAAGCUUCACCAGUGAGUUUUGUCACAAGUUAUUAUUUGUUAUUCUUUAUAUGGCAACUUUUUUCAUAUCAAAUAAGCUUUCAUUUAAUUUUAUAUUAUUUUUAUUGCCAGGUCAGGCUUGUACUGAAAUUACUGCAUAUUUGUGACACGACUCGCUAGCCAGAGUCUAGGGCUGCCUGCUAAAUAUAAUAUAUUAUGUAGUACAGUCACGACUAAAAAUAUCGAUACGAACAAGGUCCCAAAACUAUGUAUACACGACCUUGUCCAUAUAUUAAGGGAUGUAUUUAGCCACUUUCUCGUCCGUAUCUACAUUUGCAGACGUAACCCUACAUACAAUUUAAUUUUAAUUGAUGACAGUUUUUUUUUAUUAAUUAGAUUAUAAGAAUGUAAGGAAAAAUCAACGCAGUAUUCUUUGUGCAGGCACAUACAAAUAAACUAUUAGUAACUUAUUUAUACGUCCUGCCAUUAGACAAUAGUAAAAAUAAGAGAUCUGAAAAAAUACCAAUUUUAAAAUAGUGACAUAUGUUGACAAUAAAACAAAGUAACAUUUUAUGUAAGAGGACACAUACCCAAGUGCGGGGACGAAAGCGAUAAGAAGAAAAAAUAUCGAUAUCGAUAUAAAAAUACCUACAUCAAAAUAAAUGUAAGUAGACUCAGACAACUAUUUAUUAUAUUAUUAGAAACUGUUACAAUAUUUUAAUAGAAACACAGUGACUAGAGCAAAGUAUGCUGGUGUCAAAAAAAAAACGUGUUGCUACUAAAGUUAUAAGUAGUUAAAUUCGACAUUGUUGUAAUAGUUGUUAUAAAAAUACAUUAAGUACCAAUAUUUGUAGUAUGGAAUCGCUUUACUUCUAAUAAUACCUACCUAAUUAAUAUCGGUCGUAGACUGUAAUCUGAGUAUUUAAAUAAAUGUUGUAUUCAAAAGUUCUGUUUUUAUUGGCUCAGGUGUGCAAAAGAGUAUAUAUUGUACUAUUCUGUAAUGUAUUAUUAAACGUGCAAAUGUAUUUUAUUGUGCAUUAUUAUCUGUGAUUGAUAAAAUAUUGUAUAU